AUGGUUCGGAUUGUACUGGCUGGAGGUGCUGGAAACGUUGGGCGAGAGAUUCUGGAUGGGCUUGUGGCCAAGGGAACACAUGAACUCAUCGUCUUCACUCGUUCGGAAGCCUCCAAACUUACGCUGCAAGGAGUCACAGUCGUGCAAGUCGACUACAAUGACACGGCGAACUUGACAAGACAUUUGCAAGGCGUGGGCGCUGUACUCUCUUUUAUCGUGUCCCACUCAGAUCCAGAAGGCACAGCGCAGAAGAAUUUGAUCGAUGCGAGCAUCGCAGCCGGUGUGAGGAGGUUUGCACCGAGUGAGUGGGGUUUACGGAGUAAUAGCGGUAGCCCUCAUUACAAAUCCAAAGAUAUUGUGCACGAAUACUUGCAGGAGGUCAACAGGGACAAGAAGGUAUUGGAAUAUUGUCUUUUCCAACCGGGCCUGUUCUUGAACUACUUCAGCCUUCCAUAUCCCUCCACUACGCAUGUGCAACUCUUCAACACUCCUUGGGAUUUGCAAAACCGCCGCGUCAUAGCACCCGCCGAUGGUGAUUUUCCGAUAACGUUGACGACAGUACAAGAUUUGACCAGAGUUGUGGUCGAAGCCAUUGACUACAAGGAUGUAUGGCCGGAGAGAGGUGGUAUCACGGGUACAACGACCACGAAUUUCGAGCUCUUAAAGCUUCUCCAGUUGAUACGCGGGCCCUUCAAGAUAGAGACAGUCUCGAGGGCAGAUCUUGAAGCUGGGAAGUUGAACACUUCAUGGAUUCCUCAAGCCGAUCAUCCAGCGAUACCUCCCGAAAUGAGGGCAACCGUAUCCGAAUCUAUGACGGCCAGUCUUCUACUAUCAGCUCUUAGAGGGGCCUUCGCAGUCACAGAUGAGUGGAACCAGCUUCUUCCACAUUUACAGUUCACCAAAGCGGAGGAUUUCCUGACGGAUAUCUGGAAAGACAAGAUGUGA